AUGGGAAUCGACCAAGCAGCAACACCGAGCGUGGAUCGCGGCAUGGGGGCGGGGGGAGCCCAGAGAGGAACCGGGAGAGGUCUGACAUCGGACACACACACACACAGUCAGAAACAAGGGUCAGAUCCUCUCCGGAGACCAGGGGGAUCAGUCAGACGAGGGGGGGAGCAGUGCCCAAAAGCCUCCUCUAUUUCUCGGCUCGUCUCAAGUGCGUGGCGCUGAGUUUCAUAAAUGCUUGUCCCCCACAGCACCAUGUCCAACAGCUCCAGUAACUUCUUGCUAGUCCCCAUUCCCGAGGUCCCAGCCGUCGACUGCCUCCAUCACAGAAACGUGAAGAUCGCGGUGCUGGGAGCGAGGAGCGUUGGGAAGACUGCUUUGAUUGUACGUUUUCUAACAAAACGAUUCAUUGGAGAUUACGAACCAAACACAGGAGCUUUGUACACCAGGCAGAUAAAUAUUGAUGGGGAUCAAACGACACUACAGGUUCAAGACACUCCCUUUGCUACUCAGGGAGAUGGAGAUGACCGGAGGAGCCAAGAUGUUAUAACCCGAUCUCUUCACUGGGCAGAUGGUUUUGUUUUUGUCUUUUCGCUUACGGACACGGACAGCUGGAAAAGUCUCCGCCCGCUCUAUCAACAAAUCAGGAAGAUUUAUCCCAGCAUCCGGCUGCCAUGUGUGCUGAUGGGAAACAAAGCUGAUCUACCUCACGCCCGGCAGGUGGAGACCAUCGAGGGCAUCCAGUUGGCCAACGAGAUAGGGGGGACUUACUUCGAAGUCUCCGCCAGGGAAAAUUGUAACGAGGUCUACGACGCUUUCUAUCAAGUCUGCCAGGAAGUUAGUAAACUGAUUGCAAGCAGCAACGGGGAGAAGAGGAGAGGCCUCCUGUUAGCUCGGCCUAAAUCACCAAACAUGCAGGAUUUUGGAAGGCGCUUAAAACAAGCUCUGUCGUCCAAAGUCAAAUCUACCAGUGCUAUUUAAUAUUGCUUCUUUUGAUAGUCAUGAAAGGCUGGAGUAACUCAGCGGGUCAGGCAGCAUCUCUGGAGAACAGGAAGCGUUUUGAGUCCAGACCUUUCUUCAAACCACAUUACUACUUUUGCGCAGGUUCAAAGCUUUAAAUGCAUAAUAUUUCUAGUUUGCUCCAAGACUGAAUGGGAAUUGUGCUUAGAAGAUCCCAAUUAAGUAAUACCCCAAGAUGGUUAAAGACUACCACAUGUUGGCCGGUGUGGGCAAGUUGGACCAAAGGGGUUGUUCCCACACUGUAAGACUCCAUGACUCUAUAAAUGCAAUUUGUAAUAUACUUAUUUCCUGUAUUAACAAAAUUCUAUUACGGUUCAGCACCUUUUGAAUCAGAUUAUGAAUAAAGGGGCUGUCCCACUGUACGAGGUAAUUCAAGAGUUCUCCCGAGUUUCCCCUGAUUCGAACUC